ACGUGUACAUACCAGACAGGGGUGUUCCAAAUCGGGUACAACUUUCACCCACCGUCCCAAGCCCACAAGUGUUGCCUUUCCUGCAGUCGUUUAAACAUCAUCUUGUAAGUGAAUAGUUACUUCUUGAUCAAGAUGGCGAGACUUUCCUUGGUGGUGUCUUUGGUUGUUGUCUUGACGAUGAGGAUGUCAGAAAGCAGGAAUACUGGUGCAUCUCUCGACUGGGAUGCGUCUAAAGGAUACGUCUUGUAUUGCCCAUGCUCAGGUCGGUUUACAGGGCAGGUGGAACAGUUCCUGGGUGCCGUUCAAUUUGCAAAAGCUGUGGGUCGAAUUCUGGUCGCACCACCUUUUAUCAUGUACCCAUGUGGUCGGAAAGACCGCCACGACCAUUUUGGAGUUCAAGUGCCUAUCCAUAUGGAUAGAAAUGCCUAUGUCGCAUUCGAUGAAUAUUUUGAGAUGGAGGAAAUCAAGAAAUAUUACCCCAACGUGAUCACUAUGGAAACCUUCAUGACAGAAUUGGCGCCACUUUAUUGGAAGGAAGGCAACAGAUUCGCAUACUGCUCGAGCGGACUGGCAGAUAACAAUGACGGCAAAUGCACAAGGGACGGAAAUCCAUUCCGUACAUUCUGGGAGGACCAGGGUAUCAUCUUUGACGAGAGCACAGUUUGGAGAACAGAGUCCACAAGCUUGCAUUACAACAUAGAUGCGACAGACACUGCUAACGAAUGGAAAAAAGAAUUCCCUGCCUCUGAGCACCCAGUCCUCGCUCUGAUGACGGCACCUACCUACACCCCAAUCAGCCCCAAGACCGAGGGGCUUCAACAUUAUCUCAAGUUCACGAGCAUCAUCAGUGAGCCGGCAGAUCUCUUCAUUGAGAAAAGCCUCCAAAGACCUUUCUGGGGUCUGCAUCUUAGAAAUGGUGCUGACUGGAGCCGUACUUGCGAGCUUGCCAAGGACUACCCUCAUCUCCUCAGCUCACGCCAGUGCACCAGGGAGGAGGAUGAUUCCGUAACCAAGCAGAUGUGCAUCCAUUCCGAGGAGGAGGUCAUCUCAGACAUCAGAUCUCAGAUCUAUCUGGCUGAGGAGACAGACAGAGAAUUGCCUAAGACCAUCUUUGUGGCUACUGAUCACGUGGCAAUGGAGGAAGAACUACAGGCAGCAUUCCCGGAUAUCAAGAUCGUCGCGUGGGGUCCUGAUCUCGACCAGAUGGAUCUACACAUCCUCAACCAAGCAGACCACGUGAUCCUGAACUGCGUAUCAGCGUUCAGCGCCUACGUCAAACGCGAUCGUGACGUCAACGAGAAAUCCGUCGCAUUUUUCGGCUACAUGGAAACGCAUAAAAAACUUCCAGUAGUCAAGAGAUCUCCGUUUCACGAAGAGUUGUGAAGAAAUGUGUAUUUAGGUCAAAAACCACAAUGAAUAACUUUGUAUAGGUCUGUAAUAAAAAUUAUGUUUGUUUGUGCUCGAUGAUGAUCGAAUCUUUCUUCCAAGCUUUUAAAGGGACAGACGUGAGAGAAACUAACAUGGGGAAAAGAUGUUCGUUCAAACGAAACAAAAAUAUUCGUUCAAACAAAAAAAGCUUCGAUUGAACGAAGAUUUUGUUCAUCCGAACGAAGAUUGUUUAUACUCGAUUUAGUUUGUACGUACAUUUCAAUCCAAAUAAAGAAGGUAAAUAAAACCGGACCAACAAACAAAACAACAAACAACGCGCAUCGACGUAUAAAAAAGGACAAGCUAAAAUAAAUUAGUCGCGAGUAAUACGAUAUUUGUGAUGUGCCAUUUGAAUUUCAUGCCGUAGUAUUUUGUUCUUUUAUAUUUUGAGUAAUUCUUACCUUUUUGUACUAUUUUCAUCGGUUUACUUUUUGCAACAAUUCGUCCUUGUUUGAAAUAUCAUAAAAUUAAAUGUUUUCUUGUCAAUUAAUGAACCAUUCACAAUGUGAGUAUUUCUAACACAAAAUGGCCCAUGAAACCCCUGCAACGAAAUCAACUAUUGAUUUAGUUUGGUGCACUUCAAUUAAAUAUUAUUGCAAGUGAGCCAACUGCACGCUUAGUAUGUGUCUUGAAAAUUUCAAAAAGGGGACGAAUAACAAAACUUGAAAUCGAAAUUGGAUCGAUCUGCAAAAAAUCUGCUAGUCGCAGCCGGCAGGCUGAAUUAUAAUACAAUUUUACAAUAAACAUUAUAAAAAUAAUGUUUAUACAAUAUUAUGAACAUUACACAUUUUUUUUUAUAAAGGAAAAGACAUUAUUAGUGCCAGAAUAAUUUUAUGUCCAUAAAACAUGAUUUGCUUUCACAUCAUAAUUAUUGUUUUAAAAUAAUAAUAUUUGUCUUUAAAAUUAAUGCCAAUAAAAACGUACUUGGCUUCGAUCAAGUAGCAGCUUUCUAUAAUAAU